UAAAGAUGGGUAGUCAGAAUACCUAAUGCAAAGCGAGUGGUCAGUUCCCGCUCCUCGAAGAUUUGAAUGUAACGCCUGUGUGGCGGUUCAAAGAAGUUGGCAUUCCAGACUUGCGCGUCCAUUGCAAAAAAAAAUUCCUACACUUCUGCUUCUCGGAGUUUUCGCUUCCAUUAGGCGACGUCAAUAAUCGCGAAAUGAUGCCCGAAAAACCGCUGUGAAAGGUGAAACAUAAAAUAGAGUGAACACCUUUUGUUGAAGUGAAUUUUAUCUGCCACACGGAAGAAAGAGGCUUGCUGCAACCGUUUGUUGCACUUCGUUUUCGCGUCGCUCCUCGGCUUCCCCAAACCCAAGCCACAGCUGCUCUGCUCAAAUUGGCCUGAAAAAUGUCCCUCGAUGGUGCCCGGCUGCACUAUGUGGACAAGGAUGGCGCUGUCGUGGUGGUGCCCGCCAAGGGUCGCUCCUUCCAGGUCGGCGCCUACCUAACCUGCGACUUGCUCCUCGGCGGCGAGCAGGGAGAGCGGCUGAUCUGUGAAAUAAUGCGCGACGCUUCCGGCAGGGUGUACCUGUACAAUAAGUCCAUAAGUGAGACCAUUCACUUGGACGACAAGGCCAUCUUGAAGGACAAAAAGCGACCGCUUCUGCACGGCGGCCGAAUCAAAAUCUUCGAUCAAGACUAUACUUGGGAGUUCCCAAAAAGUGACGAUGCCGAGGAUGUACCAGGCACUCCCGAGCGCUUGUUGCCCGCCGAGCAGGGCUCCAAUUCCUGCCCAUCGCUCAAGUCCCACCGACCGCAGAUCGACAAGCGCCUCACCGUACACAACUUCCACUACAGCAUUAAUUCGGACGACGAGGGCAACACGUCCAUAGAGUCGCGGGACCAAGACGAGUCCCUCGCUGAACCCGAGAAUGACCUGAACUUGACGGCGCCACCCAGCAUGGAGCCCACAACCUGCGAGACGCCCAAGGUGGAUCUGGUAGAAGCCACACAGAACAAGGAAAACACCACCUCGACGCCGGCUAGUCACCAGAAGCUACUUAAGCUAUGUGGUCGCUCCGACGUGGUCAUCACAUCGUUCUCUCCUCGUGAAACGGGAGUUAAGAUUGAAAAGUCCUUCACCUGCGUACGCAAGCCAGCUGUGGCGACCACACCGAACGUAUCGACACCCAAGAGCGCGUACAGUACACCGAAGGGAGUACUCUCGGAGCUAAACGAUGACAGCUGCAGCCGCGAUCUGAUGGACUUCAGUACACCCUCCACCUCACAGAAGGGCAAGCGCGAGUCGUCAAUGUAUUUGAUCGACCUGACUACGCCCUCGAAGCUACGGCAAACGACUAACGCCAAACAGCUGCCAACACCAAUUAGCGUGGACAGCACUGACGAAUCCUCCGAUGGCUCGCCGAUGGUCAUCGAUAUAACCAACUCGGCAACACCACCCUCGCCCGCAGUACCCCAAGCUAAGCAGGACAACCAGACACCCCGGCGGCUGGUGGCCGGCACACCUAAACGUACACCCCAAUCCCUAAUGAAGCGGGCCCUGCUCACCAGUACGAAAAAGCAGAUCGCAGAAAAGCACAAUGGUCCUGGCGUGAAAGGCUCCCCCUCAGCGGCUGCCACUCCCACUCCCAAGCGCAUGUCUCUGCUGGAGGCGCGUCGCCAAUGCCUAACAACGCCGCGCCGCCUGCCAUUCCAUCCACACCGUCAGACGCCCGUGCACCACCGAUCUGGAAGCCAUGAAUCGGAUAGGAACAAACCACCGAAAACUUCGCCCCGUAAAAAACACUCCCAGAACCUGAGCACUCCUCGCGAAAACAAGCUCUCCCAGCUUCGAAAGAGUCUCGCCGCGUCUAAGCGCAGCCCCGCCGUAGAUAAGAGCAACAUGCUGGUGGCCAAGGCAUGCCGAUCACUUAACUCGCCCAAAGGUGGCUCUCCCAAGCCGGGCUCCCCGAAGCCCGAGUCGCCGGUGAAUCGCCUAACUUUCAACACGUCUCAACGGAAGUGUUCCACUCCGGAAAAGAACGACGACUCAACCUCAGAGUUAAGCCGCACCUUCACCGUGUUGGAUGACAACCAGGGCGAGGAGAAGGAUAAGGCGAUAUCGGUGGUCGAAGCGGUGGCAGCCAUCGUCUCCGGGGAACUGGAGGUCAGUUUUCAAAUUGAAGAUAAUGUGAGAGCUCUGGAAAAGACUCUACAACUACAAGAGACAAAAACAAGCAGUGUUGCAACUGAUUUUGAGUCGGAGGAGAAAGAAAGAGCGACACAAGCUGAACCAGCUGAGGAAAAUAUGUCUGUUGACGCAACAAAAGAACAAGAGAGUCCAAUAGAUGCAGUCCCCGUUGUCGAGUCCCAGCCAUCAAAAGCUUUGGAAGACCAAUGCGUCGAAGAUCCCGAAGAGAAUCCAGAAAUCGCUCCCGUUAUAGAAGAGAGCAUUUGCGAAGAGGUUCAUGUUGAUAUUCCUGAGAAGAGCCAUGACGAAGCAGAAAAGAUCGUUGAAGUAAUUGACGACAUUAUUUGUGAAGAGGUGCCCGCUGAGAAAGUUGUCAGCGAGGAAGAGGUUUCUCAAAGAAGGAAUGAAGAAACUCCGACCGCACAAACGCCAGUUACCCGAAGGAGUUCUCGACGCCUAUCUGUUGAUCAGAGAGCGGUGGCCACCACCCCAAGGCGUAGCACCCGAAGGGCCUCCAUGGAGGCAAGCAAAAAAGCUGAGACAGAUACAACCAAAAAACUAAAACGGAGAGCCUCCUACUCCGCGGUUGAGAGGCAGGAAGUCACUACCCCACGUCGUAAGCGUCGCACAUCGGAGGACAUGUCAACGCCAACGCGCCAAUCGAUGCGUUUAUUAAACACUCCCAAGAAGACCUUGGCCGUGGAUGAGUCUGUUGGCGACAUGGGAAUCAUAGUGGAGGAAACUUCCCAUGAUGAAGGGGAGAUAUCUGCUGUUGCCGAUGACGAAGAUUACGGUAACGAGUUGCCGGGCGACGAGGUGGACAAGGUCGACUACCACGGUCUUAGGGACUUGCUAAAAACGCCAAAGAGCUGCAGCACGCCGCGGUUCAAGGGGCUGAGAGAGAUGAUGCAGACACCGAAAGCUCCCGCUUCGCCAAUUUUGGACAAUAUCGAAGAGAUGCUUGAAAGCUCUGCGGGAAGCACUCCCCACCAUAAGAGCAGCUCUGUUUCUGUGGCUCAUGUCACUAUAGAAGGCGGGAAACUGCUAGACAGAGUUCUCAAGACUCCCAGCGCCAGAAACAUAAUGGUGCCCAAUGAUCCAGCCAGUGCCGUCCUCAAGUCUCGCACGGAUUCCGUAGCUCCACCUACUACCGAAUACAACUUGAGCAUGGGAAACGCAACGCUGCACCUGGACAAGAUCUUCGACGAUGUGGCAAGGAGCGCAGACGACACCGAAGUCGAGAUCAAUGUUACCACUGUCAGCAGUGUUGCAGAUCCACUUGGUGCAACAAAACAGGACGACACUAUCUCGUCCGAGGCCCUGAUGAGUGUCUGCACCACCGGUAAUGAGAGCAUCCGCAAGGAUCCGCUGACCAGUACAACCUACAAGGGAGCAUUGCAAGCGGAUCAGCUCCUUGGCACUAAAACCGACUACAGACCUGUAUCACCCGAUGUCGGCGAAAUGAGCGGCAUUCAACUUCUGGACCAGACUUCGGAUUCAAUGUUCUCCGAACCUUUGAUGGUGUCAGCUGUGGAUUCUUGUGACAUAACCGUGGAAGAGACGAAGGCGGACGUUCCUAUCAACCCAGUAGAAGGACAUGCCGAGGACACGCAUGAUCGCUCCGAUACAGACUCUAAUGUAGGUCUGACGGAGCCUCUUGUCUUGAGCGAUGAUGAUGAGGAGGGCUCAGGAUCCCAUGCAACGCCUAAGAAGUCUAAGGACCAAUCGGCAGCAGAAAAACAUAAUGAUACAUUUGAAGGGCAGUCUAUAGAGUACACUCUGGAAGAGUCUAUUGCUCCGGAAGUAUCUAAAAAGGACAAUGAUAAGGCAGAUGCCAUAGCUGAGGCAUCCGAGAAACUAGAAGAGUCUCAGAUUGAGAUCUCGUUGAUUAAGGCAGAAGAAAGUGCAGCCGAGAGCAUCGAAAAUGGAACCAAGCUAACCGAUAAGUCGUUGGUCAUUGAGCUCGAUGAUUCAAGUGACACCGAAGCACCGCCUAAAGCUACCAAUGAGUCUGCAACUGUUGAUUUGACAAUUCUGGAGUCUGAGGCCGUGCUAUUGGAAGAAGCAUCUGUCGUAGAAUCAGAGGUUUAUUAUCUGGAUUCAACAGUGGAGAGUCGUUCAGAAAAUCAAUCGCAAAAUAUCGACUUGACAGUAGAUAUUUCAAAAUCAAGGGAUAUUCUUGCUAAUGACACUUUAGAAGAGGUCUCUAUUUUAGCCUCCACGGAAGAAGAUGCUGAACCUUCUGAAAAACCGACAGAAAGUAAUUCUCAACUGAAGCCUGCCACUGUCGAAGACGAAGUUCAAGAACUUCCAGUUGAGGAUCAACCAAUUCCUGAUGUAUCAUCGGAGAGCAAAUCCUCUCCGGAAAAGGCUGAUCAACUGGUUGCUGAAGCAAGCGAUACAAGCACUUGCAUUGAGCAGCCAAGUCUAUCGGAACAGAUUCCUGACGAUAACCAAGAUGUAGCCUUCGAAUUACCAGCCGAAGAUGUUAAAGCUGAUGCAUCUUUGCUUCAAGAAUCCAUUACUUCAGAGGAUGUGGAAACUGGUCCCAUUACUAUCGAAGAGAUCUCUGAGACCCCCUCAACGGAUAAGGAAAUUUUAUUAGAUUCAGCCAAAGAGGAGCACAAAGACGGAGUAGCAGGAGACGAUGGACCUCCAAAGUCAACUGCUAAUGGCAAUGAGGAGAGUCCUUUGGCGUCUCAAACAGAAAGUGAGUCUACUGCUCAACAGACCAAAGAAAACGAAACUGAGAAUGUCUCAUCAGACCUUACAGUGGGGGCAUGCACCGCCGUAGUUAAGGAUGCCUCGGAGGAUUCUUUAGUUGCUGAUAAAUCAGCCAAGGAUGAUGUGGGAUCUGGGAAUGGUGCGAACGAAAUUCAGAUUCAUUCCUUGGAUGAACCUGCCGGUCAAAACCACUCUGAGGAAUCCAAUAAAGCGGAUGCUUCAGAUGAGAAAACCGGAAAUCCUGAAACGGAGAUCCAAUCUGUGGACGAAAGUCAUGCAACCCGAGUCCUAGAAGAAACCACCACUUCAGUUGGAUACACUGAGGAUGCAGACACAGCUUCUGGAAUAAAUUCCGCAGAAGUAGAGACAUCUGCUAAUAACGAUAGUGAUAUUUGUUUUGUGGACGAUUCUCUCUGCCAAGGCGAUGCAACCUCUGGUGACGUCGAAAACUCUGAUGAAAAGACGCAAGAAAAUGAGACGCCCUUGAGCACUGAUUCUUUAUUGGAAUCUUCAGGUCUUGCCUCGUUCACUGACAAGGAUACUUCCAACCAAUCAUUGGACAGAUCCUUACCACAAAUCCCAGAAGACAAAACCGCUAUUAAUGCCAAAGAAUCUCUUGAGAAAGCAGAAGGUGCAGAUGAGGCAGCUUCCUCCCAAGUUUCUUCAAGCCCAGAUAACGAACUUGUGGUACUUCCUGCAGCCGAACCUCCAAGCCAAGCUCAGAAAACCGAAGAUUCCGAAGAUGCCGAAGAUUCCAUUGCGAAGGCAGAAACAGAUACUCAAGGCAUGAACGACAUCUCUUCUGCGUCUGAUGGAAAGACUUCAGCGGAUAUUGUUGAAAAUGUACUCGAAGACUCAUUGUUUGUGGCAACACCCGAAAGCGACAAUGUCCAGGUGAAUAGCGUCCAGGAAACCAAGUCGUCAAUAUCAGUUCGAGAGGAAUUAGUUGAAGAUGCUGCUGAUAAUGAAGAGUCCAUUGCCGAACUCACUAGGGAAAGCCUACCGCCCGCCAGUCUGGAAACUACAGAAGUUGAUCCCGAAGAGAAAUCUGAAAUUAUUCAGCUGGAUGCCGCCGAGCCUACCGAUCAACCUGCUGAAGACCCGCCAUCUAAAGAAAAUUCUGAUGCUUCGCCUGCAACCGAAGUGAUUUCUGCUGAAGAAGUUGAAACACCAGCCAGCCAAGAAUCCUUAUCUGACACCAACAAAGAUUCGAAUUCCAUCGAAGAAGCUAACGAUGUAUCUUUUGCUGAAGUUUCUACAACUGAAGGAAAUCUGGAACUUGAAGAGCAGUCCGCAUUAGGAAACGCUGCUGAAGAAGUUCCAGAAAUCAAUCAGCCCGAAGAACUUGAUGCCCCUUCAACGGAUGUUUCUCAACCGUGCAUCGAUAUCACAGACGACAUGGAUAUCUUAGAUGAUGUUGAUGCGGAGAGCACGAAACCAACUGAGGUUAAAGAAGUUACUGAAGAAGUCACUUUAAACACCGAAACUCUGAGCAACACCUGCAAGGAAUUAGAACCCAAUCCUGCAGAAGAUGUUCCUUCAACAGAGUCUAUAAGGGACAUCGAUAUCACAGACGACACUGACAGUCAAAAUAAAAAACCCAUUUCUUCUGAUGAAGAAGUUCCUGAAAAGAAGGAAGAUGCCCUAAAGACCGAAACUGGUCCGAGCAACACACCCAAAGAAUUGGAAACAAGUCAGCCCGAAGAACUUGAUGCACCUUCAACGGAGUCCAUUGCGGAUCAGUCCUGCAUCGAGAUCACAGACGACACAGAGAGCCUGAAUAAUGAUUUAGAAACCACAAAACCAACUGCGGCUUGCGAAGAAGUUGUUACUGAAGAUAAUGAAGUUACUUGCCCGGAGGACGUCCUCAAGGAAUCGGUUUCCGAUCAACCAGAAGUACUGGAUGCAUCUUCAACGAAGUCGGAUCAACCCUGCAUCGAUACCAUUGACGACUCAGAGAGCCUACAUAAUGUUGAUUCGGAGAGCAUAACACCAGCUCAGGCUAAUGAAGUUACCGAAGAAGCUGCUUCUAAGACCGAUACUUGUCCGGACGAAGCACUCAAGGAGCCAGAAGAACUUGUUGCACCUUCAGCAAAGGCCGAUCAACCCUGCAUCGACAUCACAGACGACACGGACACGGAGAGCACAGAACCAACUCGAGCUAAAGAAGUUACUGAAGAGCAUGAAGUCACCUCUGAGGCCGAAACUCGUCCGAGCAAAACACCCAAUCAGCCAGAAUCUUGCAUCGAUAUCACAGAUGACGAGGAGAACCUUAAUAAUCUAGACUCAGAGAGUGUGAAACUUCCUGGGGUUUGUGAUGAAGAUGUUACGAAAGAGCCGGAAGUUACCAUUCCCGCCGAAUCUUCUCCAAGUAACGCCAUCAAUGUAUUUGCAGCUCAAGUGCAAGUUCCGGAUAGUAGCAGUAUCGUUCCAGAAUUUGCUAAUAAUAUCAGCUUAACUGAAUGUCACGAAACUGAACAGGAAAAACAAAAUAAUGCAAUUAUUAUUGAAGAUGAUCGGCUCCCUGAUGAAGAAGCUUGUGCUCAUGAAUCCAUAAAAUUGGCGGAGAAUUCCCUCCGACAAGUGGAAGACUCCCCUGUCGCCGCCAUAACUGAGACGAAUCCCGUGAUUGAAAUAGACGAUUCAAGUUCAAGCCAACAGGAGUUUGCCAAAACAGCGGAUAAGCCGGAAGUCAGCGUCGAUGAGAUUAAAUCGUCAUCAAAUGAAUCAGACACUAACAUUCCUGAUUUGGAUAUUGCAACUGUGCAAGAGUCUGCCAUCGAGGAUCUCCCCGUGGAUGACAACAUUUCCCAGGAAAGCGAAUCUUCCGAGAAAGACAUAAUUCCCCCAGCCACUCCAAUGGAAGAAGAUCGAGAAAAGCAUUCCCAGACAAUGGAUGUCCAUUCGGAGUUGAAAACAAAUGUAGAUCAGCCCGCGAAUCCAUUGGACAUCGACCAUUCUAAAGAGGGUACAGCCGCCACUGAUUCAAACAUUGUGACGAUUAGUUCAGAUGACGAAUCUGAAGAUUCUCCGAAGGAAGUCAUCCAAACCCCUUCAAAGGAGAAAGAAGCCACUCCAAACUUGACUAAUAUUGAAACCCCAAUUGAAACUGCAGAAGAUCCAACGCCAGAAGCAGCAGCAGUAUCCCAUUCCAUUCCGAAGCCAUCUGUCGAUGAGGAAGAAGCACCCAAGGAGGAAAAACCUGCUAAGAGGACGACCAGGAAGGGGUCGGCCCAUGCCGAUCAAUCCAAUGAAGCCAUUGACUUGACGAGGACAAAGAGACGAGCCCGGAAGCCAUCGGCUGAAGUGGUGGAAGAAUCAAAUGACCAUAAGGAGGAAUCAGUACCGGAGAACUCCCGGCGGCGACUCAGAAAACCAUCGAAGGAAGUUGAAGAAAACAAGCAUGAAGAUGUUUCUAAAUCCACCAAAGGCAAACCGAAGCUACGCGGACGUACACCGUCAUCCGAGGUUGCUGAAGAAGUGGAACAUGUUCAAGAACACAAAGCGGCAGAUGAUUUACCGCCCAUUGAGGAAGAGGCGCUUGAAUCUUCUACAAUCAACGAGCUACAAACUCCGAUUGAAAAGGGAAAUAGCGACGAAAAAUCAGAGGAGCCUAUUAGUUCUGAGGAUAGCAAAAAUUCUGAAGAAUCCCUGCAGACAAUAGCUGAGGAAGUUGCGCCCAAGAACGAUGCUGGUGCGGACCACGCAGGAGAUCACGAGGAGCCCAAAAAACGACGUGGUCGCAAGCCGUCGGCAGAUGUGGCAAGCAGUACCUCAAAGGACCCUGCGAAGGAUGCUGCAACGGAUGACUCUGAAACUCACAAGGUGGAGCAGGAACUGCCUUCUAUACAUGAAGCGCCUGAGUCACUUGAUCAUGCUGAAAAACCAAAACGUCGCGGACGCAAACCAUCAAACAACGUCGUCCACGCAGACGUAGAGAAACCCAGACGAAGGGGAAGAACUCCAGCGGACCCUGAAGAGCCAACCGAAAAGAAGCCACGAAGAAAUCUGCGCAAAGCCUCGGCGGAGCCUACCGAUCCGAAUGUGGUGCCAGAAAAUGAACCUCUGGAGAAUAUUGACGAGAAGGAUGUUCCACAACAAGAGGAAUUGAAGCCAUUGACCGAUGCGGAAGCUUCUGCGGAGACUAAAGAGGAGAGUGCUACAACAACUGGGCCACAAGAUGCCCUGCCACUGCAGGAGAAGGAAGAAACCAAGCCGCGUCGACGGGGUCGAAAGCCAACUGCAGAAUCCGCAGAGAUUCCAUCCAAAACAGACUUGGUAAAAUCCGUGGUCGAUGAGAAAGCUGGCACUGCAUCAGAACCAGAACAAGAGGCCACGAAACCGUUGCCAGAAAAGGAAGAACACAAGAUCCGACGACGUGGUCGCAAGCCGACGGCGGAGACAGUGGAGCUGUCAUCCAAGGAAGAACCAAAUCUUGUUCCAGAGGCUUCGAAGCCGCUGGCGGAAGAAGCAGAGCAUAAACCACGUCGUCGUGGUCGCAAACCCACGGUAGAGCCAGAGGAUAUGUCAACUAAGAAGGACUUGCUACAUUCCGGGGCAGCGGAAAAGUCUGCUACGGCAUCAGAGACUGAACCAGAGCCGGUGGUGCCGGUGCCGGUGCCGGAAGAAGAGCCAAAGACGCGACGACGAGGCCGCAAGGCCACGGCAGAAACAGUGGAGAUUGCAGCAACGGCAGAGGCGAUACAUUUGGAACCGGCUCCAGUUGUGACGGCGCGUAGACGCGGGCGAAAGGCCACGGAAGACGAUGACCACUCAUCCGUGGAGUCGAAACCAAAACGUCGCGCUCGCAAUGCCUCCGUGGAGGAGGUGAAACACGAUGUCCCGGUGAACCUUCAAGUGGAAGCUACUCCAGUGGUGGAGGUAGCAACCGAGGUGCUUGAAAAGAAGCCGGCUCGCCGUGCUCGCAAAGCCUCCACUAAUGUGGACGAGGCGACACCAGUUAAGAAGACAACUGCCAGACGUGCACGGAAGGCAGAUGCGACUCACGAAGACGAACUGGAGAAGCGGAUCAACUUGCACGAUCUGCCCACAGAGCACGCGGAAGCCGUCGUUGUCACAGGGGCUUCGCUUAAGAAGAAUGCUCAGGAGCCGGCAUCCAGUGGGGAGGCUGCCGAAGAAGAGAUCACACCGCGCCGUCGUGAAGGCCGUAACCUGCCUCGCAAAAACUAUGACGAGACCUCCGACGAGGACAAGCCGAGCUCCUCGCUUCGCCGAGCACGAAAGCCCGCAGUUAUCAAGGCUCAAGUGGCCGAGGCGCCGUCAGUGUCGCCCCAAAAGAUUGAGGCGCCACCAGUAUCGCCCCAAAAGAUUACGCCGCCGCCAAUGACACCCCAAAAGAUUGAGUCGCCGGUUGAGGAAGCUGCCACACCAAUAAACACUGUGGCCCCACCGGAGCCGACGACCUCGCAACGCCGUGAGGGCCGCAACUUACCCCGCAAGAAUUACGCCGAAGCGCCGGAUGAGGACAAGCCCUCGUCGCGUAGUCGCCGGGUGCGCAAUCCGACUGUUAAAGCACUCGAGUUGAUUGUAAACUCCUCCCCGCGACCAGCAACACCAAAAAAACGAAAGGGAAAGGCUGCUGAAGUUGAGGAACCGCAGGAGAAAAAGACUGCCCAGGAGGCACCAGAACCACUAGCCACUGCCGAACCGGAGCCAGUUGUCCCAGCUUCGAAGGCUCGUGGUGGACGCCGCAAGGCCGACGAGGUUCCUGUAGUCGAAACUCCGGAAACGGAAGCAGAGACAAAGCCAGCGAAAAAGAACGCACGCGCCACAGCUCGAAAGGCCAAAGUUGAGACUCCGGCGGAGGAGCAACAACCACCCAUCAAAAAGAGCCGUGUUGCGUCCCGCGCCAAGACGCCAGUUCCAUCGUCGGAAGACGUAACCACUGAUCCAGAAGAGCCGGUCAAGAAACCCGCCGCUCGGAGCCGUGCUCGCGGUGGCGCCAAAGCUGCUGCUGCUGCUGUUGUGGAGGAACCUCACCCACCCGCCCAGGAAUCCGAAAGCGAAGCUCCAGCCCCGACAGCAGCGCGCAGUGGACGUGCUCGAAAGGUGCACUUUGAGGCCAUUAUCACUCCCGAGGAGGCAUCCAGCAGCGAAGCGGCUCCCAAACGAGCCACUCGCUCCCGCCGGAAGUAAUUCAAUUGAGUUUGAUUCCAUCGUUUAGCAUAUUCUCCUAUAAAUAUUUUUUUAUCCAUUUGUUAUUAUUUAAAUCAGUUUUGUAAAAAUGUUUGGAUUUGUGGAAAUUUCGAGUCACGAUUAUUGUAAGUUAUAUUGUUAAUCCGCAUGUCUAUCAUUCGCAUGUCAUUGGCUCGCUUUGAACGGAAAUAAAAAACACCUUAAUAGGCCUAAGUAUGGUACCAUAAUAAUUAAUCAUAGCUGUAAUACAAUUUAUCGCAAAUCCCUAAAAGAUAAUAAAGAAAACCUAAAAACAA